AUCCGUAAUUGUAUUAUUGAAAGUUAAUUGUGGAACUAAGUCAGUGCUGGUAGGACUUUUAUUUACUGCUAUAUGUAUUGAACUGAGUACAGCAAUAUGCUCAGAUAUACCAUCAGGUCUAUACUGUAUUAAUCUAGUAAAUAAUACGAACAACAAAAUACUUAUCUCUCAAAAUGGGACAGAUUUGCAAAAAAAUAAUGUACAAGUCAUAUAUUUAAGAAACAGUUCUGGAGAAAUAGAUCAAUAUACAUUUUCAAACUUCAGCAUGGUGAAAAGUCUGGACAUCCAAUUUUCCAGCAUAGAUAAUUUUUCAUUAAAAGCUACUCCAGUUGACAUUCUCUAUUUAAUGUACAAUUUGAAAUUUCCAACAUUAUCUGCAGAUUUUAUGAAGAAAUGUUGUCAAAAUAUGAAAAUUCUUUACGUAGUAGAGAAUAAUAGGUUGGAAAUUGAAAAAGGAGCUUUUAAAAAUAUGAAAGAUCUAACUCAUCUUACUAUAUCAAAGCAAAACAUUACAAAUUUGUCAAGAGACUUCUUUGAGGGGUUGGAAAAACUUGCUUAUCUGAAUCUGAAAGAGAAUGGAAUUUUGGAUAUUGAUGAGAGCACUUUUGAAAACUUAACAGAAUUGAAUCAUUUAAUCCUGAGUUAUAACAAUUUUACUAAUUUAAAAUCAAAAACUUUUCAAAAAUUAAAGGUACUGGAAGUUAUCGAAUUGCAGGGUCUCAAUUUUAGUAAUUUUAAUAUGACAAUUUUUAAUAAUCAGAAGGAAUUAAAGGUACUGGAAUUGCCAACAGAACUGAUCAAGAAAAAACUGGAAUUGAGUGAAAUUAUCGAGAUAUUUCCUAAACUAGAAACAUUUGGAUUUCAAAAUGAAAAUAAAGAUGAUUCUGAUGUAGCCAAGUUCAUAAGUAAAUGUAAGGCAAGCGGAUUUAAUGUUAAAUUUUCUAAUAGAUUUGAUUUAUAAUGUAAAAUGAAACGUUUGAAUAUAAGUAUUUAAUAUUCAAUAAUUUUUAAUAUGCAGAAAUUAACAUAUACAUUUGUGGCAUCUUCUGUUAUUUUAAUUUCAAUUUAUUU